AGAAGAAGAAGCAGAUGAAGAAGCAUGGCUGCAGAUAUGAGAUUACCGACUAUUGGAAAAACUGUGUCGCUAUCAAUUUCUGCUCCCGACCGAAAAGAUCUGGUCGUGCCGGGUGAUGUUAUCACUUCAGACACUGGUUUCAUGAGGGGUCAUGGCACCUACGUUGAUGAAGACAAGUUGACAGCUUCAGUCGCCGGAGAGGUGCAGAGGGUAGACAAACUAAUCUGUGUGAGACCACUUAAGACCAGGUUUAACGGUGAGGUUGGAGAUGUUGUUGUUGGCAGAAUCACAGAGGUACAGCAGAAAAGAUGGAAGGUAGAGACAAACUCCCGGCUGGACUCUGUUCUCUUGUUGUCUUCUGUAAACCUGCCAGGAGGAGAGCUGAGGAGAAGAUCAGCAGAAGAUGAGCUCACCAUGAGAGAAUAUCUUCAGGAGGGAGAUCUCAUCAGUGCAGAGGUACAGUCUGUCUUCUCAGAUGGAGCCCUGUCACUUCACACUCGUAGUUUAAAGUAUGGAAAAUUGGGUCAAGGAGUGCUGGUCCAGCUUUCCCCUUCUCUGAUCAAGAGGCAGAAAACACAUUUCCACAACCUCCCGUGCGGUGCAUCCAUUAUUCUGGGGAAUAAUGGCUUUGUGUGGUUGUAUCCCACACCGGGGCAACAGGAAGAGGAAGCUGGGGGUUUCUACACCAGCCUGGAGCCUGUUAGCCUGUCGGAUCGAGAGGUCAUUUCACGGUUGAGAAACUGCCUGCUGGCUCUGGCUGCACACAAGGUCCUUUUGUAUGACACUAGUGUUCUCUACUGCUAUGAAUCCUCGCUUCAGCACCAGGUCAAGGACAUCUUAAAACCAGAGGUGAUGGAGGAGACCGUAAUGUUGACGCAACAGAAGCUCUUGGAACAGGAGGGUUAAAGAGCCCGAAAGCCUUGUCACAAAACAAAAACGCAUCAGGCAGCUAUGUGACCCGACCACCGAUCUGAGGGCUGAAUUUUUUUCUCAGAGCUGCAUCCAAAUUGUCAAAGUCCAAUGUGUUUUUUCUGUUUUAUUACACAAAACCAGUAAAGAUUAUUUUUUUAAAUAGAUGACAUAAAGGAUGUGUAACUUUUUGAAAGUGUGCAGUAUUCACAAAUAAUUAGAGCAGCUGUUCUUGUGUUUUAUUAAAGAAUAGUGAAUCACUUUUGAUCAAAUCUGUUAUGUUUAAGCAAACUACAAUAAAUUUUGUGUUAUUUGUAUAAA